ACUGCUGCGACAUUUUCUACAGCUGAGCGUAUGGAAAAUACGCAAUGACGGGGGGAAGGUAAGGCAAAACUAUUAUUGUUUUGAAUUGUUAAUAGUAGCAGCAGCAGCAGCCGUGACAGCAACAACAACAAUCACUAAACAUUUGAGGGACUACCCGAGUGAAUUUGGAGUUUUUAUGCGGCAUGUGUGUGCAUGGAUGUGUGGUAAAAUGUGUUUUCGUUUAGUAUUUUCUUCGGUCAACAGAGAAGAACCACCACCAACAACUAUAUAUGCUGGCCGUGGCCGUGGCAAUCAAUUGAGUUGAAUUCGAAAACUCUGAGUUCACAGAGACUGAGUCUGAUAAUGUAUAAAAGACCGUGCCCGUUGUCGAACCUGUCAUAACAGCAGCAGUGCUCGCAGAGUGUAGAACACCAAAAAAAAAAAAAAAACGAAAAACGCAAUUAGAAUUCAGUUCUAAGCCUCGCCAAAGAUCGACAUCUACAGUGUUUUUAUGUAAAUGUUACAGUGAAAAGCAGAAGCAAGCAGUAAAUAAAUAAGUGCGCAGUAGAGUUUGUGAAAAAGACUUUAAGAUAGACAAAAUAACACAAAAAAAACAUAAAUUCUAUAUUUAAGAAAGAUUUUUAGUUCGAAAUUAGUUUUGCAAAAAUCACGAACAAUCGAAAAUAACAUAAAAAUGGCCACUACAACAACAAAGUACAAGAGCUGCCCGCUCAAGAAACGGCCCAUCGUUUAUGAGGAUACAACCGAAGCAGAAACAGCCACAGUCACGGUCAGAGAUCCCAUGCAAUAUUAUGCCGCAGCUGCAGCUUUCGCCAGUGCCAGCAUGAUCAAACACAAGCCACAGCCAGUUCCUGAGUUCGAGCUGUUGGCUGACGAACAGCCGCAAGAUCUUUCGCUGAAGCGCAAAGCCACAGACAAUUGUGAAGAUUAUACCGUGCCAGCAAAACGCGAAUAUGUGUUGAAUCUCUCAAAGAACGGUUAUGAAGCAAAUGCGUACAAUGCGUUGUUCACCAAAGCCUAUCAACAACGUGCCGACUCGCCAACACACUCGAUAAACUCGCAACAUUCCGUCGAGUUGGGUAGAUGUUCGGCGUUGAUGUCACCCGUUGAGCCCUACACCUCAGACUACGAAUCAGACUAUAACCAACAAUUGCAACAGCAAGCAUCACCAGCGGUCGCAAUACAUUUGCGUGGCUUGACAGCCGCUACCAGCGGUUAUACCACAACCUCGACGGACUACAAAUCCGCUUUCAUGCUAGCCGCUGGCGGCGCUGCGCCGAUGACAGCACUUUGGAGCGCCUACCAGCCAUCGAGUGGUGGCAAUCUGAAUGCGAUCUUUCCCUCGCCAGCCUCCUCGAUAGCCACCUCACCACGUUCGGUGUACUCAUAUCAGCAAAUGACACCACCAUCCAGUCCCGCCUCGGAAGCAGGCUCCGAGCCAGAGGAUCUGAGUCUACGCAAUGAUAUACCAUUGCCAGCGUUAAUGCAUCAUCAAAACGAACCGUUGUCCAGUUUCACCUUUAACGCCAAGCCAGCGAAGUGCACAACGAAUAGCGAGGCACAAGCCGCUGCCGCCGCCAACAAGGCGGCCAGUUACCGUUACAAAUGCGACAAAUGUAAUAAAAUGUACUCGACUGUCAUUGGCUUGUCGAAGCAUCAGCAAUUCCAUUGCCCGGCCGCCGAUUGCAAUCAGGAUAAGAAGCAGCAUUCGUGCCACGAAUGUGGCAAGCUCUACACUACCAUUGGCGCCUUGAAGAUGCACAUACGCACACAUACCUUGCCCUGCAAAUGCCCUAUCUGCGGCAAGGCCUUUUCGCGUCCAUGGCUGCUGCAGGGUCACAUACGUACACACACCGGCGAGAAGCCCUUCCACUGCAGCGACUGUCCGCGCUCCUUUGCUGAUCGCUCCAAUUUGCGCGCCCACCAGCAGACCCAUGUGGAGGUAAAGAAGUACGCCUGCAAGGUUUGCCACAAAUCCUUCUCGCGCAUGUCGCUGCUCAACAAGCACACUAGCUCCAAUUGCACCAUUACAAUUGCGUAGACUAGUGUCGCGGCAGCAGAAUGAAAAACCAAGUGCCAGUAGUGUUGCAGAAGCAGUGCGUUGACAUAUUCAGUAUUUAAAUUAAGAGUACCUCGGUUUAUUUUAUUUUAGUUUUUAGUGUAAAUUACAACAAUUUAAUGUUGCAGCUUUGUAAGCGGUUGUAACAGCAGGAGUUUACGUUUUCUAAGUUCUAGUCCUUUUUGUUCGUUUGAAAAUUUCAAUGAAAUAAUUUUUAGUUGGAAAUGAAAGUAAAUUUUAUUUUUUUAAUUAAACAAAUUAUGUUAAUGGUUGACAAUGUCUUUUUGUUUGUUUUUUGAAAAAAUUAUAUUUUAAGUUUUCAGUUUUUUCUUGAACAUUUUAUAUUUUUAAUUUAAUUUUAAGAAUUUUGGUAUAGUUUUAUUAUGUUUUUUUAUGUUUAACUGGUGCAUUUUCACCAGCCAUCGACAGCACUCAACCAAAUCAGCUCUUAUAAAAAACCCACAGUAAAUUACAACGCUUGGACUCUAAUUAUUAUGUAAUUAAUGAAAAUUAAUUAAGUGUUUUUGUAUGGAAAAACUAUAAAAACUGUUGGACUAGUUUGUUAAGUUACCUAAUCUUAAGUUAUUUUUAUGAAAUGGAGGACACUAAACUUAAAUAAAAUACUCAGAAAAA